ACAAAAGCCAACAGCUAUCAUUUCAGUUUGUCCAAGAGAGUCCAGACUCUACAUGAGGACCUCAAGCGUAUGCAGUUGAAGUAGCCAGUCAAAGGAGGACUUGGGAUAAUGCAGCAACUGUGAGCAGAGAACAGUCAGUAAGUGGAACAAGAAGUCCAGAAUCAGAACAGCAACACAUCAACAUCUUCAAGAGAUGGCUGCAUUGGGAAGGAGUGGAGGUUCUUCAGAUUUGCCACCUCCAGGGAGCACAGACUGGGCACUUACUUGCAGUACUCUGAAGAAGCUAACAGCUGUGCCUGACCACACAGAUGUGUCUUUGACCCCUGAAGAGAGAGUGCGUGCUCUGAGUAAGCUGGGCUGUAACAUUGAAAUCACUGAAGAUAUUACACCACGGCGUUACUUCAGAUCCGGCAUAGAAAUGGAGAGAAUGGCGUCAGUCUAUCUGGAAGAGGGAAAUUAUGAAAAUGCCUUUGUCCUUUAUAAUAAGUUUAUAACUUUGUUUGUGGAAAAACUACCUCACCAUCGGGACUACCAAGAAUGUGCUGCUUUACCAGAAAAACUGGACAUCAUGAAUAAAUUAAAAGCGGUGGCAUUUCCAAGAACUGAUGAUAUAAAGAAGAGUCUGCUAAAAAAAUAUGGCACUGAAUAUAGAGACUACACAAGCAGGAAAAACAAAUGCAAAGAAGAAUUCAUUAAGAAACUGGAACAGCAGCGGUUAAUAGAAGAAGAAAGGAAACGAAUUGCACAGAUUCGACUGCAACAACUGGAAAGUGAACAGUUUCAGUACUUUGAAGAUCAGUUAAAAAAGCAAGAUAUGGCUAGGGAUUUGAAGAAAAUUAAUGAAACCUCUAGAAUAGCUGAACAGAUUGAUGGAACUGUACUGUCCUGCAUUUCAAAAACUCAGAAAAAUAAUUCUUUGUCUAACAAAGUGCCCUCUCCGAACAGUACCAAUAAUCAGCUUGCAGGGUAUUCUCCUCCAGUCUCACGAGCUUUAAAACCAGCAGCCACUCUAAGUGCUGUGCAGAAUCACGUCAUUGAAGGACUAAGGAAAGUAAUUACUCCUCAGGAUCUUUGUCAUAGGUUUCUGCUGCUAGCUGACAGCAACACAGCAAGAGAAAUAGAAACCUGUGGAAUUCUAUGUGGGAAACUGGCGCAUGAUGAAUUCAUUAUCACACAUGUAAUAGUGCCGAGACAGUCUGCAGGACCAGACUACUGUGAUAUGGAAAAUGUUGAAGAAUUAUUCCAAGUUCAAGAUCAGCACAGCCUCCUAACACUUGGAUGGAUUCAUACGCAUCCAACUCAGACAGCAUUUCUUUCAAGUGUGGACCUUCAUACUCACUGUGCCUAUCAACUGAUGCUUCCGGAAGCUAUUGCAAUUGUUUGUUCACCAAAGCAUAAUGAAACAGGAAUCUUUAGGUUAACAAAUUCUGGAAUGCUUGAAGUUUCUUCUUGUAAACUGAAAGGUUUCCACCCUCACACAAAGGAUCCAGUAUCAUUUCAACGAUGCAAACAUGUUCUGUUUAAAGAUAUGAAAGUCAAUGUUCUGGACCUCCGAUGAUCCAAGAAAAAAAAAGAUAUGAAGAAAAGAACUUGCCUUCCUUUUUCAGCAGAAUUUUUUUUUGUAUCUGUGAACUCUAGUUUAUAUCCUUACAUUUCAGUUGUGAAAAUGGAAUUGCUUUUGUAAGACUUGGCCACAUUUGGUUCUGUUUGCAGUAUUCUGUAAGUAUAGCAACUGCUCUAGUCUCAAAUAAAUAUCUCCAUUUCCAGAAGAUUGUAGUAGCCACUAAAAGUACACUGCAUUUGUAAAGUGAUUUGAGACAGACCAGCUUCAACAGUUUACUUCAGAUCCUGCUACCACUGUUACUUUGUUUUAGGUAUUGUGUUUAAUUAAUAGAUCACUCAGUGCUUUAAAGAUAAGAUUUUUCCCAUAACUUAAAUUGUGUCUCUGGUUCCUUCUUGGGAGGUACAGAAAAGUCAUUUUGGGUGGGGGGGGGGGUUGUAUUCUUCCAAUGCUGAGAAAAGAAUGAUCAACUUGUGUAUACAUACUCAUACGCACACAUAGGCACACGCAAAAAAAACACACACACACACACACACACAC